GCUCGUCAACGAGGUCAUCAGCUUGCAAAAGAUGGUCAGGGCCCAGAGUCAAGUCUCCAACGAGUUGAUCACCCACCUCAGCAAUAUCGAGGACCGUCGACGGAAUAGCAGACACUCGGCGCAUUCUAGCCACUCGAGUCAUUCAGCCGAACUUAGACGUGCGCGCGAGAUACUCAAUGGCGUUUCCCCCGACUCCCAGGCCGACCGAGAACUCGAACGGUUAUCGGUAGCCUACCAUCAAAAUGGGUCUCCAUCCGAUUCGGCAACCUCGUCAGUCAUGUUCACCCAGGGCGGCCCUGCACCCAUGCAUAUGUUGCAUGAUCCCCUCAAUGACCCAAGACACAUGGUCUAUCCGGUAGGGCAGACAACGGGCAUCGACCCGUUCCAUUCCGAUCACAUCAACAACAUCCCGUAUACUCGUCCCUUGAGUAACCCGAAUCCGAUGGCCGACUCUGCUCAGAUAACGCCUCCCCCAAAAGAUCAAGGCACCUCCAUGUGGAGCCAUAAGCGGCCACGCAUCCUGCUCGUCGAGGAUGAUAAGACAUGCGCAAGGAUCGGUGCCAAGUUUCUUCAUGUCCUCGAAUGCUCGGUAGAUAUUGCUAAGGAUGGGCUGGAAGCUGUCGAAAAGAUCAACAAUCCGGAGAAUAACGAGAGCUUUGACCUCAUUUUCAUGGACAUUAUAAUGCCCAACCUGGAUGGCGUAUCGGCGACGGCAAUGAUCCGGAUGGUGACGGCAAGAGUACCCAUCAUUGCCAUGACAUCGAAUAUCCGACAAGAGGAUAUCCAGACCUACUUCCAGUAUGGUAUGAAUGAUGUGUUAGCAAAGCCCUUUACUAAAGACAGCAUGAUCCGCGUGUUGAGGAAGCAUCUGGCAUAUAUGCUCAAAGACCCGCUCCAAGGCGGCCUUAACUCGGAUGACACAGGUCAGAUCGUGGGUGCCCCAGGACCGCCGGGCCAGAACCAAGCUUACAGCAACAACCAACAAGCUCAGGCCAACAUGAUGGCGGCGGCGGCGGCGAUGGCGAACUCUUCGAUGGGCAGCGGCGCCCAGGUCAAAUUUGAACAGACGCCGAUACCUUCACCCGCCACCACAUCCUCAUGGCAUUCCCCGGGGCAGAUGAACCAGACAUCCCCCAACAUGGACGGUGGAGGAUACAUGAAUGCCGGAGGGAGUGGCCCAGGAGGGAUGGUUUUGACGCCGGGAGGCACACAAAGACCACCGCCGCCACCAUAUCAAAUGAUGAACAACCAGGUGAACAACCAACUAGCAGGCGGAUCAGCGGGUUUCCAAGGCGGCGGUCAUAUGCAGGCCUCCGAGGGCAUGGGAAUGGGCGGCGGCGGAUCUGAUGAGAACCGACCAGAGAAGCGCCAAAGGUUAUAUGGGCCUGGCGCGAACCAGGGGCCGUUCGUGCAAUAGCGAGCAACCGUUGAUGAAAAGCUGGUUCUGGUUGGAAGUCGAAGUGGGAAUAGUGAGUGACGAGAUCGGGAAAAGCGCUGAAAAGAAGGGAUUCCGCAUUCGAGGACGGUGUGGGUCAGCUGGUGUUGACUUAUUUCCGUGGUUGAUUGUUUUGAUGUCAAUGUUGUGCCGUUGGAUGCUCGUCGCCGAAGGCAAAGAGCUGUUGAAUAUCCGACCAGGCGUUGCCUCGGAAUUGGCUAACCUCUACUGCAAUUCGAAGCUUUAGAAACUCGUACCGAAUCCUAACUUGCAUGCACCGGUUGACGUGGAUGUUCUUCGGUUUUUUUUUUUUUUUUUUUUUUUUUUUUUUUU